GACAAAGAGAUCCAAGUCAUCAUCCAGCGUCAUUCAUACCAUUAGCUACUGAUCCGGGGCCUCCAGGAUCACCCAGAUUCAGCUUGUGCGCCGAAUCUCCUGCGGCUUCCGGGCUGUCAUCAUAAUUGUCCGCGGUGCGCAGGUCGUUGUUGGCAUGUGAAAGCCAAAGUGUCCAUGCGCCUCCUCGACUUUGUGUUCCUUCACUCAUUAAUUGUAGGCAGACUCCUUUUCACUCCUGAUCAAUCCUGGACUUCUGCUUCGGUGUCGUACUGUGUUCUACUACCCUCACCUUUUAGACAGCUUUCCUUUCUCUCCGCAAAUUCUGACACUAGCUACUGACGAUGUCCAAAACAUUCUCCCUCGCGGAUGUAUCAUCCCACAACAAACCAGACAACCUCUAUAUUGUGGUCGACGAAGAUGUGUACGACUUGACCAAAUUCCAAGACGAACAUCCAGGAGGCAAGAAGAUCCUUCAACGAGUUGCGGGCAAGGAUGCUUCAAAGCAGUUCUGGAAAUACCAUAACGAGAGCAUUCUGAAGAAAUACAAGAGCAAAUUACAGGUCGGAUCGUUAGAUACCAAGAAAACGGCCGCACCGCCCACUCCUCCGGCUACACCUCCGCCCCAGGAGAAGAAGGAGAAGGUCGUACCGCAGGCAGAAUCUGGGACCGUUGCUCCCGCCCCAGGUCCUGGUGCGCAAGAGGAGGCUGAAGCUUUGGACCCGUACGGAAAUCUCAUUCCGUUUGGUGACCCGAGUUGGUACCAAGGGUACCACUCGCCGUACUACAACGAGACACACGCUGCUCUCCGUGCGGAGGUCCGAGAAUGGGUCGAAUCCGAGAUCGAACCAUACGUGACAGAAUGGGAUGAGAGCAAGAAAGUCCCCGAUUCGAUCUACAAACAGAUGGGCGAACGGGGCUACCUUGCAGGCCUCCUUGGUGUGAAAUACCCAAAACACCUGGUCAAGAAUGCGGUCAAGAGCGUGCCGGCUGAGAAAUGGGACUUGUUCCAUGAGAUGCUCCUCACAGACGAGCUGUCGAGGACCGGCUCAGGUGGUCUCGUCUGGAACUUGAUCGGUGGUUUCGGUAUCGGUUGCCCUCCGCUGGUCAAGUACGGAAAGAAAGAAUUGGUCGAGCGUAUAUUGCCCGGAAUUCUUGCUGGCGACAAGAGGAUAUGUCUGGCUAUUACUGAGCCUGAUGCUGGGUCUGACGUGGCCAAUCUGACGUGUGAAGCCAAGCUCAGUGAGGACGGGAAGCAUUUUAUCGUCAAUGGCGAAAAGAAAUGGAUCACCAAUGGUAUCUGGUGCGAUUACUUCACCACUGCCGUACGGACUGGAGGCUCUGGUAUGAAUGGCGUGAGUCUGUUGUUGAUCGAGCGUGGAGAGGGCGUCAGCACACGACGAAUGGAUUGUCAAGGUGUUUGGUCCAGUGGCACCACCUAUAUCACGUUCGAGGACGUCAAGGUCCCUGUCGAGAACUUGCUUGGAAAGAAGGACCGUGGAUUCCAAGUGAUUAUGACCAAUUUCAACCACGAACGGGUUGGCAUUAUCAUUCAAUGUCUGCGAUUCUCCCGGGUGUGUUUUGAAGAGUCUGUCAAAUAUGCGUCCAAGCGGAAGACGUUCGGACAGAAGCUCAUCAACCACCCUGUGAUUCGACUGAAGCUUGCACAUAUGGCUCGCCAGAUCGAAGCCAGUUAUGCCUGGUUGGAGAACAUUGUGUAUCAGUGCCAGAAGAUGGGUGAGACAGAAGCCAUGUUGAGACUAGGAGGCGCAAUUGCCGGUCUCAAGGCCCAGGCUACCACUACGUUUGAGUUUUGCACGAAAGAGGCUGCUCAGAUCUUUGGUGGUCUUGCAUAUUCUAGAGGUGGUCAAGGUGGGAAAGUCGAGAGAUUAUACCGCGAUACCCUGGCCUACAAGAUCCCUGGAGGAAGCGAGGAGAUUAUGCUGGAUUUGAGUAUCCGGCAGAGCAUGAAGGUGCACAAAGCAUUGGGCAUGAAAUUGUAAGAUCAUUGAUGGGAGGGAGCAAUAAAGUGAAGCAUAACCAGCACGUGAUAAAUACGAACUUUUGUGGUCUCACUC